AUGCGCCUAUACAAUGAUAUAGGAAGAUACGUUGACGCGCAGAAAAUAGCUGGACCGUUGGUCUCUGAAUUGAAAAAAUUGGAAGAUCGCGAACUGAUCAUGGAAGUGACGUUAGAAGAGAGUAAAAGUGCUUUUGCACUUAAAAACUUUGCUAAGGCCAAAACUUCGCUCGUUCUCGCUAGAACUAAUGCAAAUGCUGGGGCCUAUGUUUCCACAAAGAUGCAGGCUGCCCUCGAUCUUCAGUCCGGCAUUCUUUACUGUUCGGAUGAAAAAGACUUUAAAACUGCCUAUUCAUACUGUUAUGAAGCACUC